AUGCAUUCACUUCAACCGCGGCGGCUGGCCGCUGCCGAGCCAUCCAUACUGCUCCAGUCCUUCCAACUGAGAGAUGCCACAUCAACAGCUUCAAUAUCAACGACGACAGCAUCGGCGCCCGCAGCCAACCCGACCAUAGCCCCGUAUCACACCGGGCUCAAUGGAGUCAGCCAGCACCUCAAUCUUGUCUUCAAGGAUGCGCUUUGGUGGAGUCUGGGGGUCGUCGCCUUGAUCAUUUUGGGCAUCCGGCUGGGCGAAAUUGCGUGGUCAAAACUACGACUUGUUUCUGCCAUGUCCGUUGCUGGAGAGAAGCAGGCCUACUGGAGGGUAUCUCAGUGGAGCAGGAUGCCAUCUUUGAAGAAGAACCUCAUCUAUGCGCCUUUGUGGAAGAAGCGACACAACAGAGAGUUCCGGCUCUCAUCGGCCAUCAACAUGGGCACGCUUCCGACAAGGUUGCAAGCCAUUCUCCUAGGCCUCUACCUGGGCAGCAACGUGGUUUACAUGUUUGUUCUUAACUGGGCGAACGAGAAUCGUUACUCCUUCUGCGCCGAGCUUCGCGGACGCUCGGGCACCCUCGCAGCAGUCAACAUGGUACCCUUGAUCAUAUUGGCCAGCAGGAACAACCCUCUGAUCGGCAUGCUGAAGAUCAGCUUUGACACAUACAAUCUCAUUCAUCGAUGGAUGGGUCGGACCGUUGCGAUCGAGGUGAUCAUCCAUACCGUUGCCUGGGCUGUCGUCCAGCUGGCGGACGGUGGCUGGCCGGCGUUAUUCAAUCGUGUACUUCAUGACCGAUUCAUCGCCUCUGGCACCGCAGGCACAAUUGCCUUUGUCAUUCUGGUCAUCCUCUCCAUCUCGCCCUUGCGUCACGCAUUCUACGAGACAUUUCUGAACACGCAUAUCAUCCUCGCCUUCAUCAUUGUCGUCUGCACCUGGGUCCACUGUGCAACAGCAGAGAUCCCUGGCGGUCUUCCUCAGCUCCCCUGGGUCAUUGCUAUCGUGCUGCUCUGGAUCGCUGAGCGCCUGGCCCGCAUGAUCCGCCUUGCAUUCUGCAACUGGUCAGACCGAGGCUUCACCGAGGCAAUCGUCGAGCCUCUCCCUGGUGACACCUGCCGUGUCACGAUGCAUCUCGCCCGCUAUGUCGACGUCAAGCCCGGCCAGCAUGCUUACUUGCGGUUCGGAGGUGUCAAUCCGUGGGAAAACCACCCCUUCUCCAUCGCAUGUUGGGAGCACAAAUCGGUGGAGCGGACCUUGCCAAUCAACGAGAAGCAGAUCUCUACCGCCACUGACAAGAGCAACAUGGUCACUUCGGUCUCAUUUCUCAUCGGCGCACAGACAGGUUUCACCCGCAAGCUGUACAACAAGGCACGUCAGGAGAGCCAAAUGCGUCCGGACGGCAGGUUUGCGGUCGCCCUGCGGGCCGCCUUUGAGGGCCCGUAUGCAGGCCACCACUCGCUCGACAGUUACGGCCACGCGGUUCUGAUCGCCGGUGCCACUGGUAUCACCCAUCAGAUGAGCUACCUUAGGCACUUGAUCCAGGGCUACAACGACGGCAUCGUAGCAACCCGCAGAGUAACCCUGAUAUGGGUUAUGCGCGACCACGAAUCAUUGGAGUGGGUGAGGGGGUGGAUGGACGAGGUUCUUCGACUGCCGGGGAGGAAGCACCUCUUGCGGAUACACCUCUUCAUCACCAGGCCAAAGAACCCGGCCCAGAUCAACUCCCAAUCCAACACGGUCCGCAUAUCACCUGGGCGGCCUAACAUUCCUCUCAUCAUCAGGAAGGAGGUCUCGGAGCAGGUGGGCGCCAUGUGUGUCACGGUCUGCGGGCCUGGCGCUCUGGCAGACGAUGUCCGGAGCGCAGUCAGAGAGGUUCAAAGUCAGGGCAACGUUGUAAGCCUCCAUGAGGAAGCAUUUACGUGGUGA